AUGAAUUCAACGUUAUUUUCCCAGGUAGAAAAUCGUUCAAUCUAUUAUAAUUUUUCAGAGAAGAAUUCCCAGUUUUUGGCUUUCGAAAAUGACGAUUGUCAUCUGCCCUUGGCCAUGAUAUUCACGUUAGCUCUUGCUUAUGGAGCUGUGAUCAUUCUUGGGGUCUCUGGAAACCUGGCCUUGAUCAUCAUCAUCUUGAAACAAAAGGAGUUGAGAAAUGUCACCAACAUCUUGAUUGUGAACCUUUCCUUCUCAGACUUGCUUGUUGCUAUCAUGUGUCUCCCCUUCACGUUUGUCUACACGUUGAUGGACCACUGGGUUUUUGGUGAGGCAAUGUGCAAGUUGAACCCUUUUGUGCAGUGUGUUUCCAUCACUGUGUCUAUCUUCUCUCUGGUCCUCAUUGCCGUGGAACGGCAUCAGCUGAUCAUCAAUCCACGGGGCUGGAGACCAAGUAAUAGACAUGCUUACGUAGGCAUUGCUGUCAUCUGGGUCCUUGCUGUGGCUUCUUCUCUGCCCUUCCUGAUCUACCAAGUAUUGACGGAUGAACCGUUCCAAAAUGUGACCCUUGAUGCGUUCAAGGACAAGUACGUCUGCUUUGAUAAAUUUCCAUCAGACUCUCACCGGUUGUCUUACACCACUCUUCUCUUGGUGCUGCAGUAUUUUGGCCCACUCUGUUUUAUAUUUAUUUGCUACUUCAAGAUAUAUAUACGCUUAAAAAGAAGAAACAACAUGAUGGACAAGAUGAGAGACAGUAAGUACAGGUCCAGUGAAACCAAAAGAAUCAACAUCAUGCUGCUGUCCAUCGUGGUAGCGUUUGCGGUCUGCUGGCUGCCACUCACCAUCUUCAACACCGUGUUCGACUGGAAUCAUCAGAUCAUUGCUACGUGCAACCAUAAUCUGUUAUUCCUGCUCUGCCACCUCACAGCCAUGAUCUCCACCUGUGUCAACCCCAUAUUUUAUGGCUUCCUGAACAAAAACUUCCAGAGAGACCUGCAGUUCUUCUUUAACUUUUGUGAUUUCCGGUCUCAGGAUGACGACUACGAGACCAUCGCCAUGUCCACCAUUCACACGGAUGUUUCUAAGACGUCUCUGAAGCAACCAAGCCCAGUCACGCUUAAAAAGAUCCACAGUGAUGAUAAUGAAAAAAAUCUGAACCUGCUGUAG